AUGCAAUUGAAGAUUCAAUUUGUUGUAGCUACAUUAGUGUUAUUAAUUAAGUUUUCUGAUGCCUCAUCUGGCGACCAUUCCCCGUUUUACCAAAAAUGCGUCGCAAAGUGUGAAAUUGGAAACUGUACUGAAGAUGGCAAAGAGUUCAAAGAAGAUACUCAGGCCUACAUAAACAGAAUAACUUUGUGGAACUGCAAACAAGAGUGCCAAUAUGACUGCAUGUGGCAAACUGUAGAGGCAUUCCAUGAGAGGAACUGGAGAACUCCUCAAUUUCAUGGAAAAUGGCCUUUUAUAAGGGUGUUGGGCAUGCAAGAGCCUGCUUCGGUCAUUUUCUCCCUACUAAAUGCUUUUAUACAUUUCAAAAUGAUAAAAAAAUUUAGAGAAAAAGUGAGACCUACUUGCCCGUUGGUUUGGCUAUGGCAUGUUUACUUUAUAGUGUGUGUUCAUGCUUGGUUUUGGUCAGCAAUUUUUCAUUACAGGGAUUUUCUGAUUACUGAAAUUUUAGAUUAUGCAUGCGCAUUUUCAAUUAUAUUAAUGAAUUGCUAUUUAAUGAGUAUAAGAUUGUUGCAUGAUAAAGUUCCAAAAAUUGUGCUGAGUCUAGUGACUGUAUUUUUCGUAUUCUUUUUCAUGAGUCACGCUGCUUAUUUAAGCGCUGGUAAAAUUGAUUAUGGCUAUAACAUGGAAUUGAACAUAACUGUCGCAACAUUUAGCGCAUUGUGUUGGUUUUCUUGGUGUUAUUACAACAGAAAACGUCAAAAGUACGUAUGGAAAUGCGCAAUCUAUGUGGCUUUAUCCGGGAUAGUACUCUUGUUAGAAUUAGUGGACAGUCCCCCAUAUUUCUUUCUGAUCGAUCAUCAUUCUUUAUGGCACUUGUGUACAGCCCCUCUUGUCAUAUUUAUUUUUUAGUUUUGGUAUGGACGAUUGCAAGUACCUUCGACAGAGGAAGAACGAUCCCGAGUAUAAAAAGGGUCCCUGA